AUGCAUUUGAGCUUUGCAGCCGAGGACCUGAUCAAUGAAGUGCAAGCCAUCGUCCGGGGCCCUAAGACACUGACCAAAUCAUAUCACGUCCCGCACACGGCCGCCCACAACAACAUUCCGGUUCUCUACGACACUCCAUGGACACCGUGCGCCUUCUGCCUUGGAGAUCAUGUAACUGCUUCAGUAGGCCAUGCCAAGACUGGCUUUACACUUGGAUCAAAUGCCAGCAUGAUGUUUCCUUGCCCAAAAACCAAGGGAAGGAACAGCAUGACACUAGAUACAAGAGGAGAUUCGGAAAAAAGAUGCAAAGAUCGGAAGGUGCUGAAGAUUGGCGUGCCACUGAAGCUGGGUUUUCAACAUUUUGUGGAUGCUCUUGAUCCUAUUUCCGAGAAACAAAAUGUCACUAGCUACAACAUUGAUAUCUUGGAGGAAGUUACGUGGAUUUUACGUCCUAGUACGAGCUAUGAGUAUGCUAGCUUUAGCGGUACUUAUGAUGAGUUUGUAUGCAAAGUGUAUUUGGCGAUGUAUGAUGCUACAGUAGGCGAUGCCACCAUUUCCGCGCGACAAGUCACCGUCAUUGACUUUACGAUGCCAUACACGGAGUCUGGUCAAAUUAUUAGAAGCCCCUUGUCAAAAGUUGUUGUGGUAAUAUGGUGCUUUGUAGUGCUGAUUCUGAUACAGAGCUACACAUCAAGCUUGUCAUCCAUAUUAACCACAAAGAGGCUCCGUCCUUGGGUGAUUGAUCUAGACCAGCUCCAACGCAGUGGUGACUUUGUAGGAUACCAAGAUGAUUCAUUUGUGCGGUUCUUCUUGAUGAAUUGCCAUAAUAUCAGUGAAAGUAGGUUAAAAGCCUACACAACGAAGGAAGAAUAUGCUGCCGCUUUGAGGAAGGGGUCCAAAAAUGGAGGGGUGUCAGCUAUUGUUGGUGCGAUCCCCUAUUUAACAUCUUUCCUCUCUGAUAAUCGGUACAAAGAUGAUUUUAUGAUGCUUGGUUGCAUAUACACGACUCCUGGAUUUGGUUUUACAUUUCGUCUAGGUUUUCCGCUAGUGCAAAACCAUUCAACUGCCAUCCUGAACCUACCAGAAGGGGUUAGCGACUCACAACAAGAAGUGAGAUGUUUUGGCACCACUUCAGUGCUGAUGGGCGAUGACACAGUUCCUGACUUUGGUUCUACACCUCUCACUUUACAAAACUUCUCGGGGCUCUUCGUCAUCACUGGAUCCAUUUCAACUAUCAUGAUACUGAUAGCCAUUGUGAGGUUGGUUUAUGCCAAAUGCACCAGGUUGAGAAACACCGACUUGGAAAGCGCCAGGGAUAAUAGUGUCGAAGAGGAUCCCCGUUCGAUGCAGAACGGCUUGGACGACAACCCUGGCCCUAGCCAACAACUCCUCCAUGAAGACGGAGAUGAUAAUUUCCAGGGUGUGCGUGAGGGCGGCCAAAAUGAUGGGGGUUCUCAGCCUGACCCAGUGCAGCAGAAUGUCAUGCACGGUGGCAUCACCCCUGCAGGACACUUCCAGAUUGAAACUAACAAUGUCUGAGUCGAGAAAUGCCCAAGAUGAAGGGAAGCAUCGGAUGCGAGGAAUGUGAGAGAAGUACGCCAAACCUUGGAAGUACUUCUCUCGUCAUUGAAGUGAUGCUGCUCUCUAAACCUUGGACCAAUUAGAAUUAGCUCCCUUUUCUCCUUCCCACACUUUUGAGAGAGAUUUGAUGUUGAAUGAGUGAUGUGUAUAUUGUCUACUCAGACUGAUAUUGCUACCCACGCUACUCAGACUGCUAUUGCUACCUCACGCAUUUGAAGCAACCGACAUACUAGAAUUCUCUGAUUCCAUUUGCAAAAAAUAAAUCAUUUAGACAU